UAUCAAAGUCAACUGCACAAUAUUCGCAAGCAGAACUUUCUAUUAUAUGGUUUAAUUUUCUGCUUUUCUUACUAGAGACGGACAUCGUAACUUGUCGGGCAUUAUUGUGGCAAUUGCCCAUACUGCUGUUUCUCCGCGGGUCGAUGACGGGAUAGACUCUCCACGGAACAGAGCAGAUAUCUAUCUGCUUGAAGGCGACACAUCUACAGCCGCCGGCUACUUCGAUUAUUCGGCGUAAAACUUCCUUUGGAUAUGGUUCCUGCAUCUCCGGCGAUGGUUUUUUGAAUUCGAAGAGAUAAGGGCUUCAGGGGCCUAGGCCACAACUAAUGAGGCCAAAGAUAGACACCCGACGCUCCACAUUUUCUGUGUUGACCUUAUCUGAGUUGAAUAAACCCCCACACGUCGCUGAAGAUAACUGGCCCAUGCGUUUGUUGACUGGUGUUUAAGUUUUAGGCCAAUGAUUCCCACGUUGCGACGACUUCAGCUUAUAGAGCCGGCCAAUGUCGGGAUGCUGAUAUGACCCUUGCCGGUUUGACCCUUAUCUUUUGUACAACAGGAGAUAUUGGAGUACUGUAAUAGUUGAAGACGAGAAAUGUAUAAUUCCGCGGACAUGCCACUGGCUGAACAAGCCAUUUACCAAAUUCCCAUGGUCCGCGGGAAGUCUGCGCCGAGCACGGCUCAUGUGGAAUGCGGAACCGAGUAUGACUUGGAGUAUGACUUGGAGAAUUGCAAUGCGUCGUAUAUAUACGUGGACAUAAUAAUAAUGGUAGUUGAACCACUAUCACAAUUUUCCUCAGUAUGGCGACCCUCACAGAAUCCCUGACUUUUGGGACACCCCUAAAUGUGCACUCUCUGAAAUCCGCCAUUUUCACACAAGAAAUAAAGCCCGCAAUCAUACGUGAAAAGACAUCUGCACUCAAACAUGAAGAUAUAUCGACAAUUGCAUUGCGGAACAUUCCAUUGCCCCCAUUAUCAAAGCCCCUCAGAGAAAUCCUCAGUUUGGAUAAGGACACUCCGGACCGCCACGUCCCUCGAGAUCCGCGUCUAAUAAGGUUGACUGGUGUGCAUCCAUUCAAUGUAGAAGCACCGCUGACAGACCUCUUCAAUGAUGGCUUUUUGACAAGCUCGCAACUUUUCUACGUUAGGAAUCAUGGACCGGUCCCAGAAGUCCUGGAUUCUGAAAUUCCCACCUGGGAGCUGAGUAUUGAAGGGUUGGUUGAACAUCCGAUAACACUAACUUUCCGACAAAUCCUGCAACAAUUCGAUCAGAUAACUGCACCUGUCACCCUCGUAUGCGCUGGUAAUAGGCGCAAGGAGCAGAACCAAGUGCGGAAGUCGAACGGGUUUUCAUGGGGAGCGGCUGGAGUGUCGACUGCCCUUUUCACAGGACCUAUGAUGGCCGAUAUCAUACGGAGGGCAAAACCAUUACGCAGGGCUAGAUACGUAUGCAUGGAGGGAGCCGAUAAACUGCCCAACGGAUAUUACGGAACGUCAGUGAAACUGAAUUGGGUGAUGGACCCAAACAGAGGCAUUAUGCUUGCUCACAAAAUGAACGGCGAGCCGCUACACCCAGAUCAUGGCCGUCCUUUAAGGGCGGUAAUCCCGGGACAAAUUGGCGGAAGGAGUGUCAAAUGGUUGACCAAAUUGAUUGUCACCGAAGCUCCAAGUGAUAAUUGGUACCAUAUUUAUGAUAAUCGAGUGCUACCAACUAUGGUUAGCCCUGAGAUGGCAUCGAAAGAUAAGUCCUGGUGGCAAGACGACCGAUACGCUAUUUACGAUCUAAGCGUUAACUCGGCCACUGCAUACCCUCAACACAAUGAAGAAUUGCCGAUUACGACACCCGAAGCGACAUAUAAUGCGCGAGGCUACGCAUAUGGUGGCGGCGGUCGACGAAUAACCAGAGUUGAGAUAUCAUUAGACGGUGGAAAAUCUUGGCGACUGGCAGAUAUUGAUUAUCCGGAAGACAAAUAUCGCGAUUUCGAGUCACAAUUAUACGGCGGUCGAGUGGAUAUGUACUCUCGAGAGGCUUGCUUCUGCUGGUGCCAGUGGUCUCUCAGUAUACCAGUCUCCGAUCUUGAUGCCAGCGAUGCGAUACUUGUCCGGGCGAUGGACGAAGCAAUGAAUAUACAACCCCGAGAUAUGUACUGGUCUGUUUUGGGGAUGAUGAACAACCCAUGGUUUAGAGUUACUAUCACCAAAAACAACGGGGUCCUGAAAUUCGAACACCCGACACAGCCUGCUUUAAUGCCCGGAGGAUGGAUGGAACGUGUGAAGAAAGAAGGUGGGGAUUUGACAAACGGGUCUUGGGGACAGAGACCCAACGGAGAAGCGCCAAGAGAGCCAACGAUUGUAGAGGAGAUCGAUAUGAGGGCAAAGGGGUUGAACAAAAGCAUUAACAUCGAGGAACUAAAGCAACAUGGCGGUCCUGAGUCGCCAUGGUUUGUUGUGAAUGGCGAAGUGUACGAUGGUACAGGAUUCCUAGACGGCCAUCCGGGUGGAGCCCAAAGCAUAAUAUCGGCAGCUGCAAUGGAUGUGUCAGAGGAAUUCCUUGCAAUCCACAGCGAGACCGCAAAAGCGAUGAUGAGCGAGUACCACGUUGGCACGCUAGAUAAGGCCUCAUUGGCAAUUCUUAACAAAGAACCGGACGAAGAGCUAAGUUCAGGGCCAACUGAGAUAUUCCUAAGGCCUAAAUUUUGGAGGAAAGCGAAGCUUUGCAAGAAAGUAGCAGUAUCGAGCGAUACACGGAUAUUUUCUUUUGCAUUGGAUCAUGACGAGCAAUCGUUUGGCCUACCAACUGGUCAGCAUAUCAUGCUAAAAGCUGAAGAUGAUUCACCAGAGAAAACCAGCAUUAUCAGAGCAUAUACACCAAUAUCACAGACGGACAAGAAAGGGAUAGUGGAUGUACUUGUUAAGAUAUAUUUUAGUACUCCUACUAUGGAAGGUGGUAAGAUGACAAUGGCUCUUGAAAAACUUGCUAUUGGGUCGUCUGUGGAGUUUAAAGGACCUAUUGGCAAAUUCAAGUACCUUGGAAAGGGCAGAGUUUCCAUCAACGACAAAGAACGCUCUGUACGGUCAUUCAAGAUGAUAUGUGGCGGAAGCGGCAUCACGCCGAUCUUUCAAGUUUUACGUGCGGUUAUUCAAGACCGCGAUGAUCCAACCACCUGCGUCCUCCUCGAUGGAAACAAGAAAGAAGAAGAUAUCCUCUGCAAGGAUGAGCUAGAUUCCUUUGCAGCGGCCGACAGCAAGAGGUGUUCAAUUAUCCACACACUUACAGAUGGUUCUAGUUCAUGGUCUGGCCAAAGGGGCCGCGUCUCGGCGCAGAAUCUGAAAGACUACGCGUCUCCGACUGAGACAUGUAUGGUGCUGAUCUGUGGACCGAAGGCGAUGGAGCAAUCUGUUCACAAGGUCUUGCUACAACUUGGGUGGGAUGAAUCGGAUAUUGUAUUUUUCUAGCAUGGGAAUACAAGUGUCACAGUUGUUUAAUAGGCGAAUAUCCCCGCGGGACAAAAUAAUGAAAUAUUUAGUAGGUACACCGAAGUGACGCUUGAAUAGCGGCAAGCAUCUGUGAUAUAGCUCCACUUGUUGCCAACGAGAGCUAAAUUCUUAGCGGACCCGAAGAGCCACUGGCUUUUGAUGAACUGCGGGAGCGAUACCCGCCACUACUCCGUGUCUAUCCAAGGCCGAUAUUAUAUUGCAAGGUAUAACAACAGCGCGUCCUGUGGGUUCAGAAGGUCAUGAUUAUGUGGCCAGAAAUAUACCUUAGAGUUAAAAAGAUGUAGAAUCGUUAGACCCAAGACAGAUUGAUAAGUUCGGGAUAAACGCGACCUAAAAUCAGCGAUUAAAUAAUACGCUAGGCCGUGUGAAGAUAUAUCCACUUAGAGGCCCUUUGGCGGCCCUGUCGGCGGCCCUCCGUACAUAUUCAGAAUGCGGGGAAGGGCGGCGGUGGGUGUGCAGCGAAGGAAGGAGCGCCCAUAGUAGCUCGAGAAUUUGGAAAAAGAAGCAGGAGCGACCACCACCACGCUAAGCCACGUUUAGUAAG